AUGGAUGAGAAUUUAAGAAAAUUGUUAAAAGAAGCAACAGAAUUUUCUGACUUGUAUAAUGAUGAUGAAUAUUUAAAAGAAGAAGAUAAAAUAAUAAAACAACACACAGAACGAAAAGUACAAAAAAAGAAAUGUGCGAAUUGUACGUGUGAACUUGCAAAUAAAAAAGUUGAAACUAAAAGUGCAUGUGGUGGAUGCUACAAAGGUGAUGCGUUUAGAUGCAGUGGAUGUCCUUACUUGGGAAUGCCUGCUUUUGAAGAAGGAGAUGUAAUAAAGUUUGAAUAA